UACAUCAUUAUAUAUUUACAGAAUUUACGAAGAUGUUGGAACGCGAAGCCUCAGGGCUUCUCAUGUCUGUAAUACGAACCUUGCAUGAAACAGAUACAGGACAGGAAAGAGAGGAAGAGAAAAAGAAACUAGAAUUACAAUUUAAAGAAUCAGAUACCAGGUUGGACAGUAUGGUCGGAGAAAGGCAAGCUGACCUUGCAGCUGUUAUGUCAACCUACACCACUGUAUCCACCAGAUUGAAUCGUUCAAGGAUAAAGUUAUCCAAUGUGAAGGAGAGUUUAGUGGCCUGCAAGGAACUAGUCCACUAA